CUCAACAAUUGCAGCAGUGGAAGGCAUAAACACAAAAUUGUGACCGGCGAAAUAAUCUCUUUAUCAGAACAAGAACUCAUAGAUUGUGAUCGAUCCUACGACUCCGGUUGCAAUGGUGGCCUGAUGGACUAUGCCUUCCAAUUCAUUAUUGAUAAUGGAGGCAUCGACACUGAAAAAGACUAUCCUUACCUUGGCUUUGAUAGCCAAUGUGAUCCAGCAAAAAAAAAUGCUAAGGUUGUUAGCAUUGAUGGGUACGAGGGUGUUAUUCCGAAUGAUGAGAACGCUUUAAAAAAGGCUGUCGCCCAUCAGCCUGUGAGUAUCGCCAUUGAAGCCGGUGGCAGAGCUUUCCAUCUCUAUGAAUCGGGAGUUUUCAACGGUGAAUGCGGGUCUGCUUUAGACCAUGGUGUCGUCGUUGUCGGAUAUGGCUCCAACGAUAUCGGUCAAGAUUAUUGGAUUGUGAGGAAUUCAUGGAGAAGCAAGUGGGGUGAAAAUGGAUAUAUAAAGAUGGAGCGUAAUGUUAAUACUAAUACAGGCAAGUGCGGCAUUGCAUUGGAGGCUUCCUAUCCAGUUAAGAAUGAGGCAAAUAUCAUCAAAACUUACGAUAACGAAAGCACGGAGAAUAUAGGUAGUGCUUGAAUAUUUGAUGCAAUUGAAGACCAGAAAGACAGAAAGUAAUGAUAUACUCGGACUUUAUCAUUGUUCUACAUACAUAUAUAUAUAU